AUGUCUGCGUCCCAUUCAAAUGGCCCGGUGAUGGUCAUUGGUACGAGUUCCCGACGACGAGCUGACAUUUUGGUGGAACACUUUACUGGUGCGUAUAAGGAAUUCAUCACAAUUUCACCGGAAAUUGACGAGAAGGAGUGGCGUUCUACUGACCCCUUUGAUCUGACGAAAGUUAUCGCACGUGCCAAGUUGCAGGCCGUUUUGGAAAAGUUAAAGGACAUGCAUCCUGCACCAAAGCACGGUGUGGUGGUAACCUUUGAUCAGGUGGUGGUAAAGGAUGGUGAAAUUCGUGAAAAGCCCACGUCUGUGGAGGAAGCCAAAAAGUUUAUUGCUUCGUACUCGAACAGUAGUGUGCGGACGGUUGCUGCCUACGUUGUUUACAUAAUUGACAGUGGAAAGAUAAAAGUGGGAGAGAAGGAAACAGUUACAUAUUUUUCCGCCUAUAAUGACGAUGUCAUAAAUCGUGUCCUUGCGAGAGGCGUGUGCAUGAACACGGCCGGUGCAUUCGUUGUGGAAGACGAAGACAUCAGCUGUCACGUCGUACGCAAUUUGGGGACGCUUGAGGCUGUACAGGGAGUGGAUCCUGCCGCGCUUGAAUUGCUAAUAAAGCAGGAUUAG